CUCGGCGUAUUUCCGCGUUGACGGCGGCCGAGCUGUUAUCAGUGACUGUCCAUGGGGGCGCGCAGGGUUUCACCUGAAGCAUCACCGCCGUCUUCGUCGCAGCUGGACCCCCGGUGGUCGGCCGAUGUCUCCGCGCCGAAUGAAUGAACCCGUAACCGUCUGAGGGAUUUUCCUCCUCCUCCUCCUCCUCCUCCUCCUCCUCCUCUUCAUCUCCACCGCCGGAGCGCGCCGUCGAACCAGCGCGGCCGAGCUGGGGGGAAACCCGGGCAAAGGGAGCCGCGGCGCCGCGCACCGGCCGACGGCCGCUCCGCCGCGUCGCGCCGCCAACAUGCUGACGCGGGUCAAGUCCGCCGUGGCCGGAUUCAUGGGCGGCAUCGUGGGCGGCGGCGGCUCCGGCGGCUCCGGCGGCGCGGGGGGCAACACCGGCUCCGAGCUGCCGCUGAAGUUCCCGUACAGGCGGCCCGAGUUCCUCGGCCUGUCCGCGGACGAGGUCGAGUGCUCCGCGGAUCACAUGGCGCGGCCCAUUCUAAUCCUGAGGGAAACCAGGAGAUUGCCGUGGGCCACCGGAUACGCCGAGGUGAUUAACGCCGGUAAGAGCGCGCUGAACGAGGACCAGGCGUGCUGCACGGUGGUCGUGGCCAGGAGGAGGCCAAUGAGCUACUGCCCCCCCUCGACGCCCAGCAAGACCCCCACCGCCAAGAGACGCAUCUCCCUGCCCAACGGAGAGGGCCUCGGGCUCCAAGUGGAGCCCAGCAAGCUGGAGGAAGACAGUGAAGGGCUGGUGUUCCACUACUGGGCCUUGUUCGAUGGCCACGCUGGUUCCGGCGCAGCGGUUGUCGCCUCCCGCAUGCUGCAGCACCACAUCGCCUGCCAGCUCCAGGCCGUGAUCGAGAUCCUGCACAACCUGGCCUCCCCGCCUCCCACCCUGCUGGGGGAGGAGCCCGACAGCAACCCCUACCUCCAGGGAAACACCCCCGGCCCCCACCGAGCACUGACCCGGGCCGCUUCGCUGCGCGGGGCCGCGGGUGCGCCCGGCUCCCCGUCCAGCACCCCGCCGCCGCCUCGCUUCUUGAGCGAGAAGAAGGUCCAGCACGAGAGCCUGGUGAUAGGAGCCAUCGAGAACGCCUUCAAAGAGAUGGAUGCCCAGAUCGAGAGGGAGAAGCAAGUUUAUAACAUCACGGGGGGAUGCACGGCUCUCGCUGUCGUCUACCUGCUCGGAAAGCUAUACGUGGGGAAUGCAGGUGACAGUAGGGCUAUCAUUAUUAGAAACAAUGAGAUCGUGGCCAUGUCGACGGAAUUCACGCCGGAAUCGGAGAGACAGCGGCUCCAGUUCCUGGGUUUCAUGCAGCCUCACCUGUUAGGAAACGAGUUCACGCACCUGGAAUUUCCCCGGAGAGUUCAGAGGAAGGAGGUGGGCAAGAAGAUGCUCUACAGAGACUUCACCAUGAACGGGUGGGCUUACAAGACCAUUGAAGAUGACGACCUCAAGUUUCCGCUAAUAUACGGGGAAGGGAAAAAGGCUCGGGUGUUGGCCACUAUCGGUGUGACCCGCGGGCUCGGCGACCACGACCUCAAAGUCCAUGACUCCAACAUCUACAUCAAGCCGUUCCUCUCCUGCUGCCCCGAGGUGAAAGUGUAUAACCUGGCGCAGUACGAGCACGGGGCCGACGACGUCCUGGUGAUGGGAACGGACGGGCUCUGGGACGUCCUGUCCAACCAGGAAGUGGCCGAGGCAGUUACUUCUUUUCUAGCCAACUGCGACCCCGACGACCUGCACAGGUACACGAUGGCCGCGCAGGACCUGGUGAUGCGAGCCCGUGGCGUGCUGAGGGACAGGGGCUGGAGGAUCACCAACGAGCGCCUGGGCUCCGGGGACGACAUCUCGGCCUUCAUCAUACCGCUGAUGUACGGCAAUCGUCAGCCCUGAGGGAGCCCGGCAGAGACGCUGCCGUAAGAGGGACCCUGAGGGGCCUGCGGGCUCUCAAACCAACAGGACUGUUGGGUUAGUCCUGUACUCGAAUUCGUUUUUUUCCGCAGUGCCGUUUGCACUUUUAUUUUCUUCCUGAGGCCAAGGUCAGGUGGGACGUGUUGACGAUGCUUGAUUUUCUUUUUCCUCUACAGGAGUUCAGGAUUGCCCAGACACUAAUUUGGUGGGUGUGGGGGGGGGGAACUACAGCAGUCAGAGACACUCUUAGACACUUGGUUAUUUAAUUCAUCUUGUGGCAUUAUUCGAAAGAAAUAAUUCGGUUCGGAACCGUGAUCAAGGAACGUAGUGAUUGGGCGGUUGAGCUGAACUUCUGCAGAGAUGCGAGAAAGAAAAAUAGGCAAUUUUUCUUCCAAAGUGAAGAAUAGACCCCUUUCUUUCUUUUCUCCUCCCUACCUCUCUUGUAAUGCUGUACAAUACUUGACUUCUUCUUUUUCUAGCCUCUCUUUUAGUCCCCUUUUCCUGCACAGUCAAUCUUGUUUGUUUCUUCCACCUAACCCUGACCAUGGACGGAGCUGACAGGUCAGGUGCAUUUUCUUGUUUUUGCCACAGUGUGGCUGCGAAGGAUUAUUACGCUGGAAAAAAACAAACACUUCCGGUGGUCAACAGAUAACGGAGCCGACGAUGCGGACGCAGAAGAAAAAAAGAUGAAGACUUGGGAGUCAUCCACCCGAUGGUAGCGAGACUGACAAGGAAUCUGUUUCACUGAUGGGAUAGAAAAAUAAACUCAUAUGAGGAUCUAAGCCUAUACGGAUCAACAAGAAGCAUCAUAGUUUGAUAUGGUGAGCGGGCAGAGUCUGAUAUGGGAAUUGCUCCAGAAAAUUGUCCACUGUUACAAGUCAUUUAAUCUGAUGUUGAUUCCAAAAAAUUGAAUUGGGCUUCGGUAUCUCGACAUUGGUUGCAGCUUUGGUGGUGAUUAGCAGCGUCUGUUGUUUGCCGUCAUGGGUAAUUAAAAGAUUGGUUUAAUGUUUUGGGGAGAUGCAUGUAUUUCCUUUUCUGAUGAAAAGAUUGAUACAACUUUCAUGUUGGAGGCUAGAGGAGACCGUUGGAUAACUGAAGCGUAGCAGAAAGACUCAAAAGAGGCAAAGACGACUACAGCUUGCUUAUUAGUCCAAAUAUGAUUUUUCUUUUCUUCUUCUAGGCUAUGUAAAACCUCUAAAGGUGAAGAUUUAAAGUUGGAAGGCAUAUCUUUUCUUAUUUUUGCCAUAGUGUUUAUAACCUAAGCUAAUGGUCUCUUUAAUGUGGAUAGGUAUUGAUCUUCUCCCCUUGCUCCCAGCAAAUUAAGCUAAUUUAUUUCUAAAUUGAACACUUUUUUUUUUUUUUAAACUAAGCAAAAAAAUUUCCCAAAAAGCUCAAGACUAAACAUCAGAUUAAAUGACUUGCACUGCAGUGUAGUCGCACUUUAGCCCGACCCGCGUUGCUCACCGAGGGGGCCACGACACACGAAAUAAUGAAAGAGGUAAAUAUUCCCUGCAGCAGGGAGGAUUUAAAAAAAAAAUGAAAUAAUAAUCAAGAAAUACAAUCAAAGCCGAGAUGAAGACGAGUUCCACGGAGACAAACAU